CUUAUAAAUAGCGUGAUCAAGUCAGUCCAUAAGAUAGUCUAAAUCAAAAUGCAGAUCGUUAAGAGCAUUCUUUUGCUGAGCUGUCUCCUGCUCUUGGGGUCCAAUGCCAACGGACUUACAAUCAAUGGAAUCCUAGAUUGCGUGCAGGCUGGGGCUGAAUCGGGCUCUACGCUUGCGAGUCUGGCCAUACCCGAGUUGAAGAACACUGCGGCGUGUUUGAACUUCGUUCCAGACGAGACAGCCAACUUGAAUGCUCAGCAAUUGGUUGAAGUUGUUUACAAGUUUGCUCAACGAUUAUUUGAAAAGCAGAAGUGCCUGUUGGCCUCGAUCGGAAGGAUUCAUGCAGCUGUUACACCAGUCUUGCAAAGUUUAAUCGACAAAAAAUGUUUACCUCUAAAACGUUAAGGCUCGAGUAAAUCCCCUCGUUUGGUUGAAAAUAUUACACUUGGAGACGCAUAAGCGAA